AUGCCUAAGCCGGGUAGUAAGCGAAAACGUGAAGAUAUCGAUGAUACGCAGCUUAUGCAGCAAUCAAAAAUCGAUUUGGAUCAAGUUCCCAAGUACGUUAACUUCUUCCCUUCAUUACGUUCUUCUAGGAAACCGAAAAUAGUAGAUGUAAAAAUUGACGACGAGGAUUUUGAUGACAUAGAAGUAUCUGAAAAAAUUAAAAAUGAAGUGUUUUACGAUGAUACAGACGAAUACAAAGAGGAAUGGGAAAAAUUCUUUCAUCCUAACACCAGUAAUGAUGAACUUCUCCAUAAUAUUGACGAAGCAAAGUCGAUGGUAGCUGAGGAGUUGCCAGAGUAUUGCGGUUCCUUCGCUGGAGAUUUGGAUGAUUUACAAUCAGUUGGGGACAUUGAGGCUCUUCCAGAAGAUCUUCAAAAUCAUAUUCGACUUUUAAAAGAUGUUCUCACUCAUUAUCGUAGUGGUCCUCUGCCUAAAACUGUUAAAAUGCUUCCGCAUCUGCCUGGAUAUGACGGCCUUCUUGAAAUGCUUUCUCCUCUAGACUGGACAGUUCAUGUUUACCCCAAGAUAGUUAAAGUUUUUGCUUCUAAGGGUGGACAACAGGCAAUGCACUUUUAUGAAAAUUAUUUGCUUCCGAAAGUUCGUAAUGAUAUUUCGGAAAAUCAUCGACUUUGUGUUCAUCUUUUCGAUUCCCUUAUCUUGUCAAUUUUUCGAACUGAAGAAUUCUUGUCAAGUAUUUUUUUGCCAUGGAUUAGGGCGGAGAUGACUAAAACAGAGGGAAUUAUCUUGUCUCAUCUUGUUAAGAAGGCUUCAAUUAAGGCUCAUUUCUCUUCUGUUGCUUUGGUGCUCGUUCUAGAGGAAGAAUUCUCCAUUCCACGUUCAAUGGUGAUUGAAUCGAUUCUCAAAAAACGUUACAUUCUUCCUGAGAAAGCGAUCGCAUGUCUUGUCAGAUAUUUUGUCUCAUUUGCCGACAGGGAUUGUUCAAUGCAUUUUACAGCCGAGGGUAGAAUGCCGGUUACAUGGUUUACGAGUUUCCUGACUUUCUUGGAGUUCUAUCGCGAAGGAAUUUCGCCGGAUGAGAGAAUGGAACUCGUGAGAGUCUGCAAACGCCAUCAACAUCCUUCUAUCACACCGGAGAUUCGAGGAUUCAUUGGGCUUAUUCCCACCUCUCAGAAAAAAGCCCAAUUUUCGAGCUAG